AUGUCCACGCUGGGUCGUCGGCGGAAUCGCUCACUGGCCUCGUGUGAGCCAUGUCGCAAAAGCAAGAUUCGCUGUGAUCACGGCAAACCCACCUGUGCCUCGUGUCAUCGUCGUGGUCUCCGGGCCCAAUGCUGGUAUCACCCUGCCCCUCUGACCAAGAAUCGGACUUCGCAGAGGCAUUCCUUGACAACGCCACCGAUUUCAGUCCGAGCCACUCGGUCUGCUGUACCGUCUUACCUUCCAGUAGAGAGUCCCUUGGCCGAGACGCCCAAGUUCCACUCUUGGCCGUUCAUGCCUGCCCAUCCCAGCGACUCGUCAUCGCUUGUCCAUCCAUCAGGUCGUUACAUUUACAAUCUCAAGGCCCACAAUGAACACUUGGCUGCCAUACAAAGUAUUGUCUCUCAGCUGAAACUGUUUCCUCUGAUUGAAAAACACUUGCACGAAUAUUACUCAUUCAGCCUCGCCGCGCUUGUCCCUAGACCGCUGCUCUUGCAGCUCAUCACCUCAGUUCGUGCCGGUCUCGUGGCCUCGGGCUGUGCUCAGGAUGGCUUGGCUGAUGAGCUUGAUCUUUGUAAUGCUUCACAACUCGCCGAAGACAUUCUACGCGCGUCGGCAACAGAAGUGGUCAUCACCCGCGACCUGGAUCCGCCAGCGUUCUGUGUCUUGUUCUGCGGGCCCAAUUUACGCAUAGAAACUCUUGGCCUACUCUAUACGAUGGCAGCGCGCGCGUCUCUAUGUGCUGUAAGUCACGGAAACGAUGAAGGUGACGAUGCAUUUGUUCGCGAUAUGGGCUGGUAUGGUAAUUUGAGCCUGCGACUGGCUCGUGAGCUUGCACCUCAAACAACCGAUCUGAUAAUAUGGCUUGCGCACGAAAAUCUACAACUUACCACAAUCUUUGAAGGAGAUGCGAGUUUAGGCGUGUGGCGGCGUCUGAGUGACCUCGCGACAGAUGUUCUGGCCUUGGGCUUGAAUCGAGAAGCUACGCACUCUGCCACGCCGAUAUUCCUGGCGGAGUGCCGCCGAAGGACCUUUGCCAAGGUUUAUUACCUUGACAAGUUGUUUGCAUCGGUAUUCAAUCGGCCGCCUCGUUUGACUGCUCGACAUGUAGACUGCAAUGCCCCCUUAGAUCUCUCUGACGAGGAACUUUUCGCCUCGUCCGAUGAAUUGGAAAAAGCCAAGCGUAGGCUUACGCAAGAUGGCUGGAACACGGAUGGGAAACACAGCAUUGCAACUUGGGCUCGAAUACGCUUAAUCCUAGCGGAGUUUCGGGAAGAGACCGUGGAAUAUCAGCUUCGAGCAGCACGGGCUGAUGAUGCCGUGAAGCUAAGAGAGUUGUCACAUCGUUGUACACAAGCAUGGAAUUCUUUACCUUCUCACCUUCAAUACGGGCAGGGCUGCUUGGCACCGAACCUCUCUCCAGAGCUCUGCCACAUGCAUGCAAAGAUCUACUUAUCAUAUCUACACAUUCACUUCCAGAUUUUCCGCUUGCUUGGGAAUGUAGAGGGAGAUGUGAUUCCCCAGCCGGAUUUACUGGAAGUGUCAGCCAACAUGCUCGACACCAUAAUUCAGAUGACCAACUGCCGUGGGAGAGCCUCUUUCUCGCCGCGCGACCUACCGGGAAUUGUUCUUUCCUAUGGGUUGCCAUGCGCUGCCAUUCUCUCGACCGCUCUGGAAGACGCCAUACAAGAUGCAUCGAAAAGGACCCAGCUACCUCCCGGCAUUAAAACCUCCCACCUCAUUCGAAAGCUGUCCGUCCUACUAUCCCAACUCGAGGUCGUAUCCAACCCUAGCGAAACGAACCAUAUAUUCUGCCUGAAUGCAUCCAAGGCCAUUUCUCGCAAGCUUGAUCGCAUCUUAGACGGUUUUACGGCGGCGGAUGUUACCAAGGGCUCUGUCCCCAGUACCCCAGUGGACUCAUCACCUGGUCCUCCAGUUAUCAACGACACAACGUUGACGGAAGUGGGUGAUUCCUUUACCACUGGUUUUGUGGAUUUUGACACCUUUAACCUGUCGGAUUGGACGAUCAAUUUUGAUAUCGGUAUUAGUGAUGAGUUGAAGAUCUUUUGA